AUGUCGGUUUCGUUUACACAAACCGAUUUGCAUCAUGCUGAAAAAUUUGCAAAAUACAACUAUCUCAUACGGUUGUUACAACUGAUGCAUAAAAAACGACCGCACUUGAUCAGUCAUUUACGAUUGUACGACCGUUUGGCGACCGAUGCGGAUUAUUAUAUCCCACCCGCCCUGAAAGACAAAUGCCGAGUGUUGGACAUAGCGCUGAGCGAACGAUUGUGCACGAAACUGUCGUGCAACCGGACGACGGAACGCGCUCCGUGCGCGCCCGACACGGAAGCAUCGUACUAUUGGGUGGGCGACGACGCGUACGACGUACAAUGUCAACCCGCGUGCUUUAAUGUGCGGGCCAACAAAACGUAUCGGUCCGACGGUACACGCGGCGUAGACACGCCGCAAUUGAAUUAUCACAAAAACUCGUGUCGCAUAGUACCGGACGCUGUUACGGCGUAUCUGGAAAAACCGUUUUACCGGAGUUCGGUGCAAUACGAAGCGCGCGUAAACGAUAUGCCAACCGGGUUUUCGCGAACGCGGAACGAUCGCGAUUACGGAUGCGGGUUUGAUUACCGGAACAACGCAGCGUAUUGCGCGUACUACGAUCGAACUCUGGACAAGAACGGAGACUGUUCGUACAAAUGGUGGGAAACCGGUUUGGACGCGGUGGUCGGCAUGUCUUUUGUAAACACCGUAAAAUCGGCGAUACGCCAAGUAAACAACACCGAAAUCCAGAAACGGCUGCCGGCCGGGUUGCCCGAUAAACCCGAAACGUUAAAACCCGAACACACGGUGACCGGUUGGCGCGCAGACGUGAAAUCCGAUUUUACGAUACCGCCGCUGUUAGAAAUCGUCGACGUCAACGCGUCGCAACGCGAACAAUUGAAAACGCGCAAAAAGCGAUCGACGACGACUGACAAUAAACCGGUUUCUGCGGAAACCCGUGAAAAAAUACAAAAAAUAAUGGAAAGCGUUAUGAAACUGUUACAGUCUUCGGAAUUUUGGACCAGUUUGGGCGUGUCUUGGGUGUUUGACCGUUCGCUAAAAGAAGUGCAACGAUUUUCGUAUAGAGUAUUCGAAACCGUACAGAAACUGUUGACGUUAGAUUUCUAUAAACUCGUGGAAUCGGCGUUUUCCAAAAGUGUGUUGACGGCCACCAUGCAGAGUACGGUUCGUAGCGCGAUCGUGCACACGGCUCUGCGUACGUUGGGCAAAUCCGCAAUCAUGUUGGCUAAGAUCACGGCGGCCGCGACCAGUGUAGUCGGUUGGUUGUUGAUCGUCGUGAACGUGUUGGACAUUAUAUUUUCCAUAUGGGAUCCCUACGGGUACAAUAAUAUGUUUCCCAAAGAAUUGCCGAACGAUCUCAUGUCGAGCGGCGAAGCGGCGCUGCGCAAUCAAUUCGGCAUGUCGACGGCCGAAUACACGUUCGAAAAUCUAGUCAACGCCAUAGUGACGGACGACGAAAUCUUACAAUUGCAACUGAUCAGCAUGAUGGAAAAAGCGAUUUAUCUGGACAACCUCGACGUGAACAGUGACGGGGGGGUUCAUCGACAGACGCGAUAUCGUGACGAUAUCGAAACGCGAUUUCGACGGCGCGUACGGCGACGCUGCAAACCGGGCUGUGGUCGAAAGCGUGAGGUUUGA